AUGUCGAACGACCCCAACCUCCCUUCCAGUAUCCCGGAAUUCCUGGCCGGAUACAAGGAGAAUUACGUUGAAGGAUGGGCUGAGCUCUGGAAUAAGAGUAACGGUAAACCUCUCCCCUUUGACAGAGGAUUUCCCAAUCCAGCAUUGGAGGAUACCUUGAUCGAGAAGCGCGAUAUCAUCGGAAGCCCCAUUGGCCGAGAUGCGCAGGGCAACACGUACCGGAAGAAGGCAUUAGUUCCGGGGUGCGGAAGAGGUGUCGAUGUACUCCUCCUAGCCAGCUUCGGGUAUGAUGCAUACGGUCUGGAAUAUAGCGCCACUGCCGUUGAGGUCUGUAAAGAGGAACAGGCAAAGAACGGGGAUAAGUACCCUGUACGGGAUGCGCAGAUUGGUCAAGGCAAAAUCACCUUCGUGCAGGGUGAUUUCUUCCAGGAUACUUGGUUGGAGAAGCUGCAAUUGCCUCGCAAUUCUUUCGAUUUGAUCUACGACUACACGUUCUUUUGCGCCUUGAACCCGUCAAUGCGCCCGCAAUGGGCGCUCAGACACACCCAGCUUCUGGCAGAUUCGCCGCGUGGGCAUCUCAUUUGCCUUGAAUUUCCAAGGCACAAGGAUCCGUCACUACAGGGCCCUCCAUGGGCCUCUACGUCCGAGGCUUAUAUGGCACAUCUGAGCCACCCUGGCGAAGAGAUCCCAUAUGAUGCAAACCGUCAAUGUAGCGUUGACCCAUCAAAAGCGCCAAGCCCACAGGGGCUUGAGCGAGUGGCAUAUUGGCAACCAGCUCGGACGCAUGAGAUAGGGAAGAAUGCGGAAGGAGAGGUCCAAGACCGAGUAUCGAUAUGGCGCCGCCCGAACUAG